CAACGACGCGCGCGCAUUCAACGGUACCAACACCCUGCAGUGCAGGAGAACAGGACUAGUUGCUACAGUAAAAAUAUAAAAUAAAGCAGACUUUUCAGCUCCUCAUCUUCGGUUGAUGGUCAACAUUUCAAAACUAAGAUUCAAGAGCUAGUCAAGAACAAGGCAUUAGGAUGGACUGGUUCCACUGUAACAGCUGCUUCCGAAGAGAGGGGCAGAACUUUGCUGUCUCCAGCUGUGGUCACAUCUGCUGUGAAGGCUGCAUCAACCCUAAUAAAAAACAUUGCACUGUGUGUGGAGCCAGCUGCAAUUACCUGGCCAUCUCAGACCAGAUGAAGCCUCAGGAGCAGGUGUUCUUCAAAGACCCUGUUAAGCUCAUUCAGUCUCGUCUGGAGCACAUAGCACAGAUUGCUCUAUUCCAGCGAAGGCAGAAGGAAAGGGUCAUUGUCUACUUCAAGAACAAAUCUAUGGAGCUGGAGAGGAGACUGAAGGAUGUCACAGAUCAGUGUUACAGGCAAGUUUUAGAGCUGAAAAGAGAGAAUGCCGAGUUGAAGAAACCUCUCUCUCAGAGGAGGGCAUCACCUGGACAAUUUCAAACAAAUGGCAGUGCCCAAAGGAUGUCUCUCCCAGUGGCUGUUACCUCCCCAGUCACCCCUCGCUCACGUCCUGUUAGCCACCAAGGCUUUGCUGAAACCCAGGAGAGAUUCAGAGAUAGAAACCCUAGGCUCACCCUCGCAACUCCGCCUGGUUCUGCCACAUCAAUCUCCAGCCUUGGCUCUCUGCACGAGCGUGGUGGCUUCAGGACUCCCACCAUUAUUAACACUCCCACCCGGUCUGAGAAUCUGACUCCAAACAUUUUCCAGUUCUUGACUGGGUCAUCACUGCACUCCCCAAGGCCUUUCAGAAAUGGCCAGUAAACUGGUAGGUUAUUGUUUCAUACUGAAUUCAUUUAAAUUCCAGUGACAAAAUUGAGAUCCAGUUAAAUUUAGGUUUUAAAUUAAGUAGCUCCUAAAGUGACUGGAGUUGAAAUGGCAAAGACCCAACUUUGAUUUCAGUAUGUGUCCUUAAGCAUUUUGGCAUAGUUCUUUUUUUCUGCAGAAUCUGAUGAACAGCUGACCCUGAUUUCAGAAAGUGCAGGGAAGCAGUUAACACACACAAUGUUUUUUUAAAUGUUUUUUUUACUUGUUUCGAGUGAUGUAGUUGUGCAAAUGUUAAAUUGAACAUAAUACAACAUUAAAAAGACAUGCUCCGGUACUUUGGCAAACAAAGUAUAUAUAUAUGUUUAAACCUCCCGCUUUGGGAUGUGUCAAAGUGUAGUUCAUAUAUGCAUAAUCUAUGAGCAGAAUUACUGUCUUCAAUUCAAUUAGCCACAAAAUCCCUAGUUUGAAAAUACUUUUCUUGAAACUGUGCAGCACCAUUUCCCCUACAUUUCACCCCACGUGGGCCAGCCUCUUAACAAUUUGAGUUCUAGCCCUUGCAUUGAGUGGAAGCUAGCAAGAGGCCUGCCCAGCAUUAUCCAAUGAGGUUGCAGGACGGGCCCAACAACUCAGGGGAAACAGUAGAGAGCAAUGAGGUGGUGCACAUAUGUGACGUAGUACGCAAUUUUCAGGGACCACUUUUGGAUUUGGAGUGUUACUUUCACAACUACUAGAUAUAAAAUAUACAAAAGUACGGGAGAAUCUGACUUUUGAAAUUAGUGCCAUGUGUCCAGUUAAGUAAAACAUUGAAAAA